UUUAAAAAAAAAAUUAUCGGUAAAUAGGAGAGACAAAACGAGGCUAACCCAGAAGACAAGAAGGUGCAUCAGUGACUUUGACAAUGGCGACAGUGGCGGAAUCACCCGAAUCUGAGACACACCCUGCACCUGACGACUACUCCAAAACCAACAAUCCUCAAACCUUUAAUGAAACGACAGCGUUUAUUGAUUACGCCGUUGCGCAAGCCCAGCUUUACCACAAGGCCUUUAACGACGCCGUCGAUUCAUCACUCGAUGCUGCAAAGACCCGUUUUUCCCAAAUCCGUUCAACUUCUUCGGCUCAUUUUCAUCAAACCCUGGAUGCUUUGGAUGAUCUCAAGUCUCAGUACGGUGCCUAUGAGGGUCUUUUGUUUGGGAAGAUCAAAGAAGGUGUACUCGUCGCAGCUUCACAUCCGGUGAUUACAUGUGGGGCUAUUGCUGGCUCGGGGCUCCUGGUACUUAAAAGGCCUCGUCGGGUCGUGUACUACAACACUUUGCGUCUUUUUGUCAGUGAAGAGUCCUUGAUUUCCAAAGCCCAUGCUGAUGUGAAAGAGUUGCGACAAUCAAUUCAGCUUUUAAAGGCUGAAGGCGAAAAGUUGGAGAAGAGUGCGUUACAUGCAGAACAGCAAUUCUUACAUGGAAGGACAAAACUCAGACAAGCAGGAAAGCAGAUCAGGAGUGUGAUUCACUCAGCAUAUAAAAUUGAAAGACGAGCAGGAGGUUUAAAAGAUAUCCUCGGAGAACUCCCCAAAAGAGAAGCUUCUCACUUCCGAUCACAG